GCAUCCUGAGUCUCAGCUGGCAUCCCUCUGGUACCCACAUCGCAGCAGGCUCCAUAGACUACAUUAGUGUGUUUGAUGUCAAAUCAGGCAGUGCUAUUCAUAAGAUGAUUGUAGACAGGCAAUACAUGGGUGUGUCUAAGCGGAAGUGUAUUGUGUGGGGUGUGGCCUUUUUAUCUGACGGCACUGUCAUAAGCGUGGACUCUGCGGGGAAAGUCCAGUUCUGGGAUUCUGCUACGGGGACACUUGUCAAGAGCCAUCUCAUCGCAAAUGCUGAUGUACAGUCCAUUGCUGUUGCUGAUCAAGAAGACAGUUUCGUGGUGGGCACAGCUGAAGGCACAGUAUUCCACUUUCAGCUGGUCUCUGUGACUUCCAACAGCACUGAGAAGCAGUGGGUGCGGACUAAGCCAUUCCAGCACCACACCCAUGACGUGCGCACUGUGGCCCACAGCCCAACAGCAUUGAUAUCUGGAGGUACUGACACCCACUUAGUCAUUCGGCCUCUCAUGGAGAGGGUGGAGGUAAAGAAUUACGAUGCUGCUCUCCGGAAAAUCACCUUUCCCCAUCGGCGACUCAUUUCCUGUUCUAAAAAGAGGCAGCUUCUCCUCUUCCAGUUUGCUCAUCACUUGGAACUUUGGCGACUGGGAUCCACUGUUGCAACAGGCAAGAAUGGGGAUACUCUUCCACUUUCUAAAAAUGCAGAUCAUUUACUACACCUCAAAACAAAGGGCCCUGAGAACAUUAUUUGCAGUUCUAUCUCCCCAUGUGGAAGCUGGAUAGCCUAUUCUACAGCGUCUCGGGUUUUUCUCUAUCAGUUGAGUUAUGAACAUGACAACAUAAGUCUCCGUAGGGUCUCCAAAAUGCCAGCCUUCCUUCAUUCUGCCCUUCAGAUUUUGUUUUCUGAAGAUUCAACAAAGCUCUUUGUGGCAUCAAAUCAGGGAUCUCUACAUAUCAUUCAGCUAUUAGAAGGAAGCUUCAAGCACCUGCACACUUUCCCUCCUCAGUCAGGGACGGUGGAGGCGAUGUGUCUUUUGGCAGUCAGUCCAGAUGGGAAUUGGCUAGCUGCGUCAGGUACCAGUGCUGGAGUCCAUGUGUAUAGCGUAAAACACCUCAAGCUGCACUGCACAGUGCCUGCUUACAAUUUUCCAGUGACUGCUCUGGCCAUCGCUCCCGAUACCAACAACCUUGUCAUUGCUCAUUCUGACCAGCAGGUAUUUGAGUACAGCAUCCCAGACAAGCAGUAUACAGAAUGGAGCCGGAAUGUCCAGAAGCAGGGGUUUCACCAUCUUUGGCUCCAAAGGGAUACUCCCAUCACACACAUCAGUUUUCAUCCCAAGAGACCAAUGCACAUUCUCCUCCAUGAUGCCUACAUGUUCUGCAUCAUUGACAAGUCAUUGCCUCUUCCAAAUGACAAAACAGUACUCUACAAUCCACUUCCUCCUACGAAUGAGUCGGAUGUUUUCCGGAGGCGCACAGCCCAUGCCUUUAAAAUUUCUAAGAAAUACAAGCCCUUACUCUUCAUGGAUCUUUUGGAUGAAAGGACACUUGUGGCAGUAGAACGGCCCCUUGAUGAUAUCAUCGCUCAGCUCCCACCACCUAUCAAAAAGAAGAAAUUUGGAACCUAAAACAGGGCACACUCUGUGUCCUUCCUUGAACUGUCCACCCUGUUUUUUUUUCACAAAUGAUGACAAUAAAAAAAUUAUUCUUUAGGCCUA